AUGACGCAAAAAUUUUACGUUACCUAUAAUCAGGUGCACAAACUGUGCCAGGCAUCUGCUGAUCAGAUUCUGAAUACCUUUCACCCUAACCUCAUGAUCGCUAUUGGUGGCGGUGGUUACGUCCCGGCUCGUAUUUUGCGGUCCUUCCUCAAGCAAUCUGGCGAACCCAACAUCCCUAUUCAGGCUAUCGGUUUAUCGCUCUAUGAGGACCUCGGUCGUGGUGACCCAGAAGAAGUUCCUGGAACCAAGGUUACUCGCACUCAAUGGCUGGACCUCAGCUCUCUGGAAAUGGCAAACCUCAUUGGCAAGAACAUUCUCAUCGUCGACGAAGUUGAUGAUACCCGUACGACACUAGAAUAUGCUGUUCGCGAGCUCCAAAAAGAUGUGGAGCUGGCCCAGAAGCAGCUCGGGAGAGAGGGCGAGAAGACAAACUUCUUUGUUUUCGUCCUUCACAACAAGAACAAGUCAAAGAAGGGUGUGCUACCCGCCGACAUGAUGGAGUCGCAUCGGUAUCAUGCCGCAGUCACGACCGACGAUGUUUGGAUUUGUUACCCAUGGGAGGCUAAGGAUAUUGACGAACACGACCGGCUGGCCGAAGAAAAUCCGAUUAUUUAA